ACAGUUUGUUGAUAAGCGGAAAAAGAAACGGAAACAAAGAAGUUGAAACAAAUUUUCAACUUCUUUGUUUCUAUGUUAGUUAUUAUCAAUUUGUUGAAUAAUACUGUACGUGUGAAAUACCUAAUUAUUUACUCUCAAAGAUGACUCUACGGUGGGGUAUUGUAACUGCUGGUAAGAUCAGUCACGAUUUUGCCUCGGCUUUCAACUCGUACCCAGAUAAGGGAGAUCAAAGUAUAGUUGCCGUUGCAGCUCGUGACAAAAGCAAAGCUGCAGAAUUUGCAAAGCUUCACAAUAUCAGCAAAGUAUUUGAUUCUUACAAAGAUUUGGCUACCAGCAGUGAUAUAGAUGUGGCUUACAUUGGAGCUUUAAAUCCUCAUCAUUAUGAGUUGACUAAGCUCUUCCUUGAAAGUGGGAAGCACGUGCUUUGCGAGAAACCGCUAUGUUUGAACUACAAACAGGCACAAAGCCUGAUCAAUCUAGCUGAGAAGAAGAAACUCUUCUUGAUGGAAGCGGUCUGGUCUCGCUUCUCUCCAGCGUACAAAGCUUUGGAGAGAGACAUUAAUGAUGGUAAAAUUGGCGAUGUUCUGUUCGUUGAAGUAAACUUCGGUGUGCCAAUAGCAGCGGUAGAUAGAUUAAGGUUGAAAGAGUUGGGAGGCAGUGCAGUAUUGGACCUCGGAGUUUACGUACUGCAGUUUGCCCAGUACGUGUUUAAAGGCGAGCCUAUCGCGGUGACUGCCCGUGGGGAACUGAACGAAGAUGGAGUGGAUCUGGUGGAUAAUAUCAUUCUGGAAUAUUCCGGAGGCAGGCGUGCUGUUCUCAACGUCCACUCUAAAGUAAAACUGUGGAAUAAAGCUACUGUUACUGGCACUAAGGGACGACUUACGUUGAACGAUCCUUUCCACUUCCCCACGGAGCUAGUGAAGGUGGAUGGAACAGUAGAGAAGUUCCCGUUACACUCAACAGAACUGUCAUGCAACUUCGGGAACAGCGCUGGAUUGGUUUACCAGGCUGUUGAGGUGGCCAGGUGCAUAAAGGAAGGACUGUUGGAAUCGCCGCGAAUGACCCACAAAGACAGUCUAAUAUUGGCCAAAUUGGAAGACACGGUUCGUAAGCAAGUCGGUGUCCAUUAUGACGUGGACGAUGUUGAAUAUCCAUAAAUCUUUUACCUAUAAACAGUCUAAUAAUUUAAAAAUCUUUAAAGUUCUAAAUACUUACCUAUAUAUAGGAUGUUUUUUUGUCUAAUCCACAGCGCUGCGCUGGUAGGUACAUAUUUAAUCCAACUAUAAGGGGAAUUCUUCGGUUUCUAAAAAGUACCUCGUCGGAUAGGCAAAGAAAUGUACUGCCGAUAUUAUUUUGCUAGACUAAUCUACAUCAUAAAUCAUAAACAGCAUGUAUACGUCCCACUGCUGGGUAUAGGCCUCCCCUCAAUCAACCGGAGGGGGUACGGAGCAUACUCCUCCACUGCGGGUUGGUGGAGAGACUAAAUCAACACAAAUGAGUAAUUCAAAUGGGUCAAUUGUUAUUACUAAAUCAUUAUAUCUAAGCAUAGGUACGUACUAACUAAAUCAUCAAGCCUCAUACAUCUUGAUGAUGAUUUAUAUAGUGUCUAAGAGGCACUUUUUUAAAUCAAAUAUAUUUUAUUGCACCAAAAUAAAAUGAAAUGGUUACAAAAGUGCUUUUUUCAUGACAAUAUACUAAGCAUGUUAUUUUACAAAUGUUAACAAAUACUAAGUCUAUGUUUAGUAUCUUAUUAUUUACACAUACUUAAUAUUAAUCUAUGUUAUUUAAAUAAAUAUUAUUGAAAGCACAGUUUAA